UACUUUUCUUGCGAUUGUUCCUUCGGCCCAAAAUAAGUUUUGCUUGCAGGAAGCUUUAGGGCAAAUAAUAUAUUCCCUCGCAAACUUCUUUUCUCACCUAAAAACCCUUUCUCCCCCUAAUCUUCUGAAACCUUCCACAAACCCUAGAUGGUAACUCCAAUGGAACUUCUUAGAUCGAAUCUCUCUCGAGUUCGAAUUCCAGAGCCUACUAAUCGAAUUUACAAGCAAGAAUGCUGUAUUUCAUUCGAUACUCCGAAAUUUGAAGGAGGACUAUUCGUUGAUAUGAGUUCGUUUCUUGCGUUUGGAAAAGACUGUGUUGGUUCGAACUAUCAGAAAACUGGAAAUCCAGUUUAUUUGCAUAUAAAACAAACUAUAAAACAAGUCUCAGAGGACAGACCUCUCAAGAAACCGACUCUUUUAGCUAUAGGGGUUGAUGGGGGAUUUGACAACCAUGAACCGGAGUAUGAAGAAACUUACAAUAUUGUAAUAUUGCCUGAUUUUGUCAGCCUCCCGUUUCCUUCAGUUGAACUGCCAGAAAAGGUGAGGUUGGCAGUUGAUACUGUUGUGAGGGCUGAGGGUGCUGAGAAAAAAGAACAACUAGCAUCUUGGACAGCUGAUAAGAAGCAAGUUAGUGCCUAUGCUACGAAUCUGAUACAGAUUGAUACUGGUGUUGUUGUGCCUCCUUCUGGGUGGAAAUGCUGCAAAUGUGACAAGACUGAAAACCUAUGGCUAAAUUUAACUGAUGGAAUGAUAUUCUGUGGGAGAAGAAACUGGGAUGGAACUGGGGGCAACAAUCAUGCUAUUGAACAUUACAAAGAAACAAACCAUCCUCUUGCUGUAAAACUGGGAACUAUAACUGCUGAUUUGGAAGGAGCAGAUGUGUUCUCAUAUCCGGAGGAUGAAAGUGUUGAAGACCCACUAUUAGCUCAACAUUUGGCAUUUUUUGGAAUUGAUUUUUCCUCGCUUAAGAAGACCGAAAUGACAACAGCAGAAAGGGAGCUUGACCAGAAUACCAAUUAUGAUUGGAAUCGCAUACAAGAAAGUGGACAGGAAUCAGAACCAUUAUUUGGACCUGGUUAUACUGGACUUGUUAAUCUUGGAAAUAGUUGUUAUUUGGCAGCGACAAUGCAAGUGGUAUUCUCAACGAGCUCUUUUUGUUCACGGUACUACAAGAGUCAAAGUUUGAAAGAGGCUUUUGAGACUGCACCUGCUGACCCAACUCUGGACUUGAAUAUGCAGUUGACAAAACUUGCGCAUGGUAUGCUGUCCGGUAAAUAUUCGGUUCCUGCUCAGGAGAAAGACGGGAGUUUUGAUUCUGCAACUUCAACUACAAGUACAAAACAGGAGGGAAUACCACCUCGUAUGUUCAAGUCAGUUAUUGCUGCAAGCCAUCCUGAGUUUUCUAGUAUGAGACAACAGGACGCUUUGGAGUUCUUUCUACAUUUUCUUGACCAAGUUGAGCGAGCAAAUGCUGGAAGUCCUCAGUUGGAUCCCUCUAAGAGUUUCAAAUUUGGUAUUGAAGAGCGUCUACAAUGUCCAUCUGGAAAAGUUACUUACAAUAAAAGAGUUGACUACACCCUUUCCUUAAACAUUCCUUUGCAUGAAGCUACUAAUAAAGAACAGCUAGAAGCCUUUUACAAGUUGAAGUCAGAAAGGAGUUUGGAAGGAAAGGAAGUAUCAAACGAUGAAAUUGUACGCCCAAGAGUACCCCUCGAAGCAUGCUUGGAAAUCUUUUCAGCUCCAGAGGAGGUACAUGAUUUCCACAGCAGCGCCUUGAAAGCCAAGACCACGGCAAUCAAAACUACUGGCUUAACUUCGUUCCCAGAUUAUCUAGUGUUGCAUAUGCGGAAAUUUGUCAUGGAGGAAGGCUGGGUGCCUAAGAAGCUUGAUGUGUAUAUAGAUGUUCCGGAUGUUAUAGAUAUUAGCCACAUGCGCAGCAAGGGUCUUCAGCCAGGGGAAGAGUUGUUACCCGAGGAAGUUGCUGGGUCCGAGACAGUAGAAUCAAGUCCCUCAGCUUAUGAUAAUAUUGUUUCACAGCUUGUGGCAAUGGGAUUCAACAAUCUCCACUGUAAAAAGGCUGCUAUUAACACCUCAAAUGCUGGGGUGGAGGAGGCUAUGAAUUGGUUGCUCUCUCACAUGGAUGAUCCAGAUAUAGAUGAUCCUAUCAGUGAGAGUGUUCCAUUACCCGUCGACCAAUCACAAGUUGAUACCUUGGUUUCCUUUGGUUUUCAAGAAGAUAUUGCUAUAAAAGCGUUAAUGGCAUCAGGUGGAAAUAUUGAGAAAGCUACUGAUUGGAUAUUUAGCAAUCCUAACGCCUCUGCUCCAUCCAAUAUGGAUGCUACAUCAAGCGGUGCAGAGUGUUCUGCGGAUGGUGGAUUACCUGAUGGAGGAGGAAAAUACAAGCUUCUCGGAUUGGUGAGUCACAUUGGUACUUCUACUCACUGCGGACAUUAUGUAGCUCAUGUGAAUAAAGACGGGAAGUGGGUGAUAUUCAAUGACGACAAGGUUGGGGUCUCACACAAUCCUCCUAAAGAUAUGGGCUACUUAUAUUUCUUCGAGAGACUCAGCAGUUAGAUAGGAGAUGCAAAAGGCAGGCUUGGUUUUGAGUAUCCUGGCUCAUGGUCAAUCCUUACCUGCUAUUCAGGUAGUUUUUUGUUUGUCUGGAACUGUUUGUAGGUAUAUACUUCUUUCGGCUCGCUUGUUCACCUUCUGGUGGCCAGCCCCAUUUGCUGUAAUCUACAUUUUUCAGUUUUUGUUUGCUGGUGGAGGUAGAGGAAGAAAGAGUUUCAUUUUUUUUUUAAUUGUUUUAAAAUUUAAUGGUAAUUAAAUUUGAAUCAAAUCUAGGGUUUGUGGCCAA